GCACCAUCAACUGAAGCAGAAUUACUCAUAGUCUCGCUCCAAUCCUUACUAACUGCGACAGCUAAAUAUGGCUUCAAGCAGCCUCAGCCUCUUCCGUGCACUUCUCUUCUUAUCUCUCGCGACCUCGGCUUUCUCGACGCGGCCCUACAAGGAAGGCCUCACGCCAUACUUCUACAACUACGUUUGCCCUCAAGCCUUGCCCGCCAUCAAACGCGUCGUCGAGGCGGCGGUGCAACAGGAGCGACGCAUGGGCGCUUCCUUACUCCGUUUGCACUUCCAUGACUGCUUCGUUAACGGUUGCGAUGCUUCGAUACUUUUGGAUGAGACCCCUACCAUUCACAGCGAAAAGCUCGCCGGCCCAAAUAACAAUUCGGCUAGGGGGUUCGAAGUGAUCGAUCAAAUUAAAGCGGAGGUUGACAAAGCUUGUGGAUACUCACUUGUAUCGUGUGCCGACAUCUUGGCCAUCGCAGCUCGUGACUCCGUUGUUGCGCUUGGAGGGCCUUCAUGGGAAGUACAGCUUGGAAGGAGGGACUCGACCACGGCGAGUAGGACAACAGCCAACAACGACCUUCCUGCGCCGAACAUGGACUUGCCUGCACUGAUCAACACGUUCCAAAAGCAAGGGCUCGACACUAAGGACUUGGUUGCGCUGAGCGGUGCGCACACGAUCGGGUUCGCGCAAUGUUUCACUUUCAGGAAUCGCACAUACAACGACACCAACAUCGCCACCCAUUUCACCAGGAGUCUCCGGUCUUCGUGCCCGCGUACUGGACAGGACAGUAACCUCGCCCAUUUGGAUCCUUCGCCAGCUCAAUUCGACGCAUUGUACUUCCACAAUCUGUUGACGCAAAAGGGGCUUCUUCACUCUGAUCAGGCACUCUACAGUGGUGGGUCAACGAAUGAGCUGGUGAAAACUUACAGUGAUGAUGUCGAGGCCUUUUGGGAUGAUUUUGCGAAGUCGAUGGUCAAGAUGGGAAAUAUAAAGCCGUUGAUCGGAAACCAGGGCCAGAUUCGCUUGAAUUGCCGGAGGGUGAACUGAAGUGGCAGUUUGUUCAAAUCGUACAUUCUUAAUUGUCUAUCAAUGUUAUUGGUUUGCUCUGGUUCUUUGAUUCUUUCCGAUUUAUUGUUUAAUAAUCGUGUUAAGAAACAUUCUUCGAAAUGUUCUCUGACCAAUCACUGAAGCUUUAAGCCCAAUGGACGUAAGUAUGCCUUAAAAUAUUAGUCAAACUAUCUUUUCAAGAUCUUCUC